GAUUUUAAUGAGCAAAGCUUAUUUAGCUGUGAAGAAUUUCAAGUGGUCUGAGAUGGUUAACUUGCUUGCUUAUGGAGUGAAGCAUCCUGACACUCUCUCUUAAACUCAAAGAAUUACCAGAUUAUACAGGUUGAUCCAAAGUAUAUUCUUAGGGCAACCAUCAGGAGACAUUACACUUCCCAAUUAGAGAAUUUCAAAGGCGAUCACAUUAGAUUCUAUAACGAGAUGCAAGUCGCCCAAAAAGAUUUUAAUAGAUUAUAGGAAUUGAAUAAUAAUUAUGCAAGUAAACUACAUUGGCAAAACUAAUUAGAUUUAAAUCAAGAAUAGAAAGUAGAAUUUUCUGAAUUGGAAAAUAAAUGGGUCAGUUGGUUAGAGUACAACUACGAUGCAUUUUUAUAUGUCGAUGAAUGUAGACCAUAUUCCAGCACUUCAACCAGAUAUAUUGUUUACACCGAUAAAGAAUUGAAAUUUGAUCCUCUAGGCUUUUAUAAAUAAAGACCAGUCCAUGACGGCAAAUUUGAUCCACACUUGCCCUAUUUCAGAGAUUAUCCUUACAACGAGUCAUGGUGGAACAUGAGCGAAUCAUUCCCAACAGGUAAAAACUCUUCCUUAUCCUAUUAGAUUUGGAUGACACACCACCCUAACAAAAACAUUGAUUUAUUAAAUUCAAAAUAAUCAAAAAACAAAAUACAAAAUAUGCAGC